GUAUCAUCCAUGUUUAGAUUCGGCGUACAUCAGACGCAGCCCUCCCACUCCAGUGACUUCCUCCGUUGGGUGGUGAUGUCCGUCAGGGUCUGAGCACGUGACCUCGUGACGGAGUCACGGAGAGUUGAACUGAUGCCUGAGGUUCUGAGUUUUUGCCUCACCUCCAUCGAUGCCAUUCAGUUGAUUGAAACUAAAACCAACCACUCUCCAACAUCCAAGGCAUCGACAAGAACGGUGCAGACCAGCAGCUACCUUGUGUUCUGAACUCAUCCUUUCCUCACCUAUAAAUCCAUUGAACGGGACACCGCAUCUUCGCUGUGUUGUGGAUCGAUCGAAAAUGGAGGGAAUAGAUUUGGAGCAGGUCAACGCCCUCCGAGCGAAACUUGGUAUCCAACCAAUACCUACCCCGGGGUCGAACGGUCUCCAGUUCAAAGACAAGGGCGAAGACGGCUCGGACCAGGAGGAAGCAAGCACGCACGAAACACGCCAGGCCGCAGCUGGCGACAACUGGCUGCAGCUGCAAGCCGAGCAGGAGGCGAAGGACAGGCGACUGGCGCAGAAACUGCAGAUCAAGAAGCAAAGGGAUGCGGCACAACGGAUCGCAAAGCUGAAAGGCCGGGGUUUGGGAGACCUGGACGAGGACGAGGAUUUGGAGGACGCGACUUCAUGGCUAUUGAAGUCCAAGAAGCGACAGAAGAAGCUCGAGAAGGAGAGGCAGAAGCGACUUGAAGCCGAGCUGGCGGAGAGAGAGAAGCAGGCCGAAUACACCACAUCAGACCUGUCGGGCUUGAAAGUUGCGCACGAAAUUGAUCAAUUCGGGGAAGAAGGUGAUCAGAUCCUGACUCUCAAGGACACGACUGUUGGAGAUGACGAGGACGAGGAUGAUGAGCUUGAGGAUCUCGAUCUACGGGAAAAAGAGAAACUCCAGGAGCGCCUGAAGUCGAAGAAGCGCAAGUUCGCUUACGAUCCGAAUGCCACCACAGAAGGAUCCGGGCUGUUGAGCCAGUACGACGAUGUCAUCGAUGGAAAGAAGAGGAUUCAAAUCUCUCUGGAUGACAUUCAAAAGCAGGCCACAACUCCGGACGUCACCAUGAACGAGACCGAUCAGGAAGGGCCCAAGAUGCCCGAGAUGGAUAGAAAACGGAAGAAGCGGCGGAUGAGGGCUGCGGAGUUAGCUCGGCAGCUGAGAGACGGGGACAGCAACGCCCCUGAAGACGAGGAAGUUGGGCUCAUUAUUGAUGAAACCACCGAGUUCGUUUCCUCACUCAGAACUUCCACCGCACAAAAGAAAGAGACUCGAGCGUCAGCGGCGACACAACCCGAGCCAGCGGCGAUUCCUGCGCUGAAGUUAGAAGCCGAUAAGCAACCGAAAGCAGAGCCUAUGAGGAGUCCUUCACCUCCUCCCGAGACGGACGCCAUGGAUGUUGAUCUUCCCAAGCCUACCGAGCCCGCCAUUCAAGAGGUAGAGAAGAUUCACGACGAUCUGGGAGAGGAGGAGAAUCUCAACAAAGGCAUGGGUGCUGUCCUCGGCAUGUUGACAUCUCGGGGUAUUCUGAACCGCGAAGCGGAAGAGGAUAAGAACGGGCUUCUCCGAGAUCGCCAGCGUUUCCUCUCGGAGAAGAAGCGGCGCGAAGAGGACGCGGAACGAAAGGCGCGUCUGCAGCGCGAGCGCGACCGGCAGAGCGGCAAGCUGGAUCGAAUGUCUGUACGAGAGCGGGAGGACUAUGCCCGAAAUCUCAACGCGCAGCGCGAUCAAGCAGAGUCGCGCCAGAUGGCCGACAUCUUCAAUCGCGAGUACAAGCCCGACGUGCAGCUCAAAUACGUGGACGAAUACGGUCGACGACUGGAUGCCAAAGAGGCUUUUAAGCAUCUUAGUCACCAGUUCCAUGGCAAGGGUAGUGGAAAGGGCAAGACGGAGAAGAGGCUCAAAAAGAUCGAUGAUGAGAAGAAGAAGGAGGGGAUGAGUCUGUUGGAUACCAGCCGUGAUACCGGUGGUAUGGAUAAUGCAGCACAGAAUAGGGCGAAGACGAAUCGGCAAGCAGGCGUACGACUUCAGUAGUCGUAUCAAGGCUCAAGCAUCGCUUCAAUCAGUAUGGGACUUAGGUUACAGAACAGUUUCAAUUCUGGUCUAUAUCUUGUCAGAGUCGGCCUCAAAUGCAACCGUUCCUAUGCUACUAUGCUACAUCCACUGAAUUUGUAUGGUUUCUAACAGUCAUGUGUAGCCACACAGAAAU